AUGAGGAGGAUCAAGAGCUUGAAAUCGGCGUCGGCGUCGGCGUCGACGUCGACGCGGAGUAAUCGUAACAGCAUGAAGAGUGAUGUGAUCCACAUGGAGAGAAAUAGGAGGGAGAAGAUGACUGAGUUCUACACCAUCUUACAAUCUCUUGUUCCUAAUCUCUUCCCUAAGGCGACGAGGACGAGGAUCAUCGACGAGACGAUAUCGUACAUCAAAGGCCUCGAAGCGGCGAUCGCGGCCCUCGACGCGCGCAAGGCGGCGUCCGCCAUCGGAGAAACGACGGCGACGGCGGCGACGACGAGGGACCGACGGUCGGGACCCGAGGCGUCGUCGACGUCGGCGGUCACGAUCACCGCGGAGUCGACGGCCGACACCGCGUUCUUCGGGGUCUGCGUGGCGCCUCCUCGGACGCGGGGGGCGGCGGCGCGAGUGCUGCGAGUGUUCGAAGAUCACGGGGCCGACGUGCUGAGCGCGACGGUGCAACAGAGCGGCGGCGGCGGCGACCGUCACACUCUCAGUGUGGCCGUCACCUCAGUUGUGUGUGAUCGAGAAGCUGUGGAGAGGAUCAGAGGAGAUCUCAUGAGCAUCGUUUAG